CUAAGUGGGCAAAGACACCUUGUUUUUACAUUAUUAAAGCUUCAAAAAAAUCAAUUAUAAUGACCGGGGCUACUAGCGAAUUUGAAGAUGAGAUCAAAAAGCUAAAUGAUUACAUCAAAAUUCCGGGUUACAGACGUGCAUUACCUGUCAGAAGAUUUAAAGAAGAUUUACUAAUACGACCUUGUAUACUAAAACGAAUUAUUUGUGCAAGAAAUGUAUUUAGAAGAUUGUUCACGAAAGAUUUUCCAAAAGAGAAUCCGAGAAGUUUCAAAGAUGGAAGAUACACUGAGUUGGCAUUUGGUUGGGACAUUGAGGAUUUUAAAAAUGAUAUGGUACAAAGUAGUGACAAAAUCAUCAAUGAAUGGAAAAUAUUGAAAGAAGGAAGAAAAACUUUGAGAUUAGAAGAAAAAAAUAAUUGUAAACCAAGCAAAAUCGAACAAAAGAUUGUAGAACAAGAGGUUCAAGGUUAUUGA